AUGGAGUUGUUCCCUGCUCAACCAGACCUCUCACUUCAGAUCAGUCCUCCAAGCACCAAACCAUCCUCAAACUGGUCAAGAAGAGACCAUCCUCAUGAAGACUUGCCCUUUGGCUUUUGGAAGACAACCACCACCACCUCCUCCACCACCCUUCUUCUUCAUGACUCAAACCCUAAUACCACCUCCAUCUUUGACCUCACUUUGUCCAACAACACUCCCCCACCUCCUCCUCCUCCUCCUCCACAUCCUGUUCCUACUCUUCCUUCACUUCCUUCACUUCCUUCUUCUAUGUCCAACACUACUAUCCACCCUUCUUCAUACUACUCUGAACCUUUUCACCAUUCAGACCUUUCAUCCAUGAGACCCAUCAGAGGUAUUCCUCUCUACCAACACCCUUCUUCUUUUCCUUUUCUCCAUCACCACCACCAUCAUCAUCAACUGCAGCAGCAGCAACAACAGCAACAACAACAACAACAACAACAACAACAAUAUCAUUUGUGUGAUUCUUCUUCAAGCACUGCAAGGCCAAGAUAUAUAUCCAGGUUUCCGGCCAAGCGCAGCGUUCGUGCGCCGAGGAUGCGUUGGACUACCACUCUUCAUGCCCGUUUUGUUCAUGCAGUUGAGUUGUUAGGAGGCCAUGAAAGGGCUACACCAAAGUCUGUUCUUGAGCUCAUGGAUGUGAAAGAUCUGACUUUGGCUCAUGUUAAAUCUCAUCUUCAGAUGUAUAGGACAGUGAAGACAACUGAUAGACCACCAGCAUCUUCAGGACAAUCCGACGGGUUUGAGAACGGAUCGGCCGGGGAGGUUUCCGAUGAUAACUUGGUUGAGCUUCAUCAAAACACUAGACCAGAAUUAUCAGUGCAACAAGGAAGAUCAAAUGCACCAAAUGGCACAAUUUCUGGUGGUUUAUGGAGUAACUCUUCAAGUAGAGGAGCUUGGCUUAUAGACAAACAAGUAGUGACUUUGCCAUCAUUUGAGAAGGAUGCGGAGUCGAAAAGCUAUGAAUUGAUAUCGGAAUUGAACACGUCAUGCCUAUCGGAAACAAGCUCGAAGAAGCUGAAUCUUGAGUUCACUUUGGGAACUCCACAUUGAUAGAAAUAAUCAAUGUGGGUUUUAAUUAAUUUGUUCGGCUUUUUCUCUUUUCAUUGGAUGGUGAUCAAGAGAAUCAAAUGCUCACCAUGGAAUUAAAUAGCACAAAGAGAUGAUAAAAGAGAGGAGGACAAGGAGGCACUGAUGCAGCAAAGAGGAAAACAAAUUAAAGGAAGCAUUGAAAAAAGAAAGAGAUGAAGUGAUGAACAAUGUGCAUGAGUGUGUGUAAAAGCAAACAUGUCAAAGCUUAAGAGAGAAAGAGAAAGAGCCAAAGGCAAUAUGUUCUUCUACAAAACCACAUGAAGAUGGAUUUGUUGAUUCAAAGUGUUUUUUACUGUCAAAAAGCAUGCAAAAGGGAUACCCAGUGCUGAUAACUCCAUAGUUCACUUGCAUGUGCACAUGGCUUUGCUUUCUAGUUUCCCAACAAAGAGAAAAAGAUAUAUAUUUAUAUAUAUAUAUAUUUUUAUACAAAUAUAUAUAUAUAUAUAUAUAUAUAUAUAGAGAGAGAGAGAGAGAGAGAGAGAGAGAGUAGGGUAAUGUAAGCACAAUUAAAAGCAUUCAUUUGCUUUAAU